UACGUUCCGGUAUCAUUUCAGUAUCUCUUUUCAGUGAAAUAGUCUACAAUUAAACAUUGAGAGUCGGAGACAUGAAGUUGUGGACGUGUGUGUUGCUGCUGUGCGCGGCGGCUGUGUGCGUCACAUGUGAGCAGCCACCGAGUGACGAGGACUGGCUGGAGCUGGACACCCCGCAGGGACCGGUGCGCGGCCGCAGGGAUCCCGAUGCAGACCAUCUAUACGUCUUCUAUAAUAUUCCAUAUGCAACUGCUCCGGUUGGCAAAGAUAAAUACAAGCCUCCCCUACCGGCUCCUGUUUGGAAAACACCGUUUGAUGCCGUGGACAAACACGUCAAAUGCCCACAAAUGAUGAAUAAUAAUUUCGUGCCUAUGAAUCUGGUAGAAAAAGAAGAUUGUUUGAUCGCUAACGUAUACGUGCCUGACGCAAGAAAGAAAAAUCUCUCAGUUCUUGUAUAUGUGCACGGAGGCGGUUUUAUAAUGGGAUAUGGAAACUUAUUCAAGUUUAAACAAUUUCUGAAAACGAAAGACAUCAUUCUGGUCACCUUCAACUACCGCCUGGGAGUGAACGGUUUCCUCUGUCUCGGCACGGAAGGCGCACCGGGUAAUGCCGGUAUGAAGGACCAGGUUGCCUUGCUUCGGUGGGUGCAAAAGAACAUCGCGAGCUACGGCGGAAACCCUGAUGACGUCACUAUAGCUGGCUUCAGUGCAGGGUCAGCGUCAGUAGAGCUUUUAAUGCUCUCUAAAUCAGCAGAAGGAUUGUUCCACCGAGUUAUACCUGAGAGUGGAGGAAGUCUUGCAGUAUUUUCUAUUCAGAGAGAUCCUUUGGAAAUCGCAAAAACGUUUGCUAAACUACUGAAUUUCACAAACGUUGAUGAUACUAACGCUUUAGAAGAAUUUUACAAGACAGCACCUCUAGAAUUGUUAAAUUCCUAUCUUUCAACCGAGAGCUACGAUUCUAAUUUUUUAUUUUCUCCAUGUAUAGAGCGUGAGACGGCAAAUGAUGCGUUCCUCACUGAAUCACCUUUAAGUAUAUUGCAAAAAGGUAGUUACAGGAAAUUGCCUGUGUUGUAUGGUUUUGCUAACAUGGAAGGACUUGUACGCAUAUAUUACUUUGAAGACUGGAAACAUAAAAUGAAUGAAAAAUUCUCUGAUUUCUUACCAGCUGAUUUGACGUUCAAGUCUGAUGAUGAAAAACACGAAGUUGCAGAUAAAAUUAAGAAAUUCUACUUUGGCAAUAAGCCAGUUGGAAAUGAUAACAUACUUGGUUUCGUUGAUUAUUUUUCGGACGUUUUCAUCACCACGUCCAUGCUUCGGGCAGUAAAGCUAUACGCAGAGACUGGGAACAAUCAAGUUUAUUUGUAUGAGUAUUCUUACGUGGAUGAGGAUAUUCCCACAGUACCUCACACAAAUGUACGGGGUGCAGACCACUGCGCUCAAACAUACGCUGUUAUGGACGGCAUAGACAUAUUAAAUCAAAACGAAGAUCUUGCAAGCGCUGGGCGUCUGGUCAUGAAGAAGAAGGUUCGACAAUUAUGGCACAAUUUUAUUAAAACUGGUAAACCGGUGCCAGAGGGGUCGUCACUGCCCGCGUGGCCAGCGGCAGGCGCGGGUAGGGCGCCGUACAUGUCUCUGGGACAGGACGUAGCGUUGCAUCACGCGCCGCUGCUGGAGACACGCACACGCUUCUGGGAGGACAUCUACCAGAAGUACUCCCGGGAGCCCAUACCUCCACCAGCUACCAGUGCACAGUCACGCCAUGAACUAUAGAACAUAAUAAAUAUACUGAUUAGGGUUUCACAUGUGUUUAUCUUCAUGUGUGUCAUUUGUUUGUAUAAAAAGCCACUCGAAGACUGUUUACCAUAUUAUUUUUAAGAAAUUUAACAGAUAAAAUGAAUGCCUGUGGAGAUCUUUGUACUGAUUGACGUCAAUAAACUCAUCUUUUGGUAUCUAUAUCAUUAUAUCUGUAAUAUUUAUUGAAUGUGUAAAUAAAUAUUGAAAAUUGCUUUAUUUUGUACAUCAAAUAAACGCGAAAAAAGAAUUCCCAAGGAUUUCAAAUAAGUAACACUU